GUGAUCCUUGUAAAUAGGAACCCCUCCCCUCGGAAUGAAAGCAGUGAGCGAACGACACAGAACCUUAAACAUAACAKAGAAACGGAUGAAAAAUACUACUUUUCUACAAAAGGAACAAAAUCGUCUCGAAUUUCCAACGGGCAGUCAUCAUGGGAAAGCUGUGUGAGCUGGCCCUGGUGUCUCUUGCCCUCCUGGUUCUGCUUCAUACUGACUCUACAUGGGCCAAGAGAAGUGGCAGCAGCAGCAGCAAAAAGCCAUCAUCCAGCAACAGGGGCUCAGAAAAAAAGCCGUCGAAAACAUCAAACACACAGACGGGAAGCUACCCAAGACAACCCCAAAGCCCCAAUAGGAACCCCAACCCGUACCCAGCAGGAGGUACUUAUCCAGGGAGAGGUACCAAUCAGAACCAGAACCCAGCCGGUGGAUACCCUGCAGCAGGUGGAAACCCCAACCAGCAGUAUCCAGGCCAGGCAAAUCCUGGGGGAUAUCCAAACCAGAACCCAGCAGCUGGAGGUUACCCCGCCGUGGGUGGUUAUCCUGCAGCAGGAGGCUACCCCAACCAGAACCCAGGGAGAGGAGGAGUAAAUCCGGGAUACCCAGCCGGAGGUUACCCUGCUGGAGGUUACCCAGUAAGAGGGGGAAAUACUGGCUGGGGGCAGGCAGGGGGCCACCCUGGUGGAGGGAUGGGAGGAGGUUACCAACCCAACUGGAACCCAAACAAUAAGAUCCUCAGUCCCCGCUAUGGUGGAGGCUAUGGUUAUGGAGGUGGGCACGGAGGUAUGGGAGGUGGCUMUCCCUUCUCACGCUCAGUUCAGGGAAUGGGGCAGUACCCCUCUACUCAGUCCAAGGGGUUUGCUAAGAAGGCUUUUAUGGCUGCAGGGGUUGGGGUCGUGGCAGGUAUGGCGGUUGGCUACGGCCUUGGGCGUUUCCCUCGUCCACACUUCAACUUCCGCAACCCUCAGGAAGAGCAGUCCUACAACAACUACAUGUAUAGAAAAUACGGCGAACGCUCCACAGACGAAAACGACUAUGGCCGGGACUACACCUACAAAGUACCUCCGCRGGCAGAGUCCUACGACAGCUUCAUGGAUACCUGCAUGAAGAGGAAUGACCUUCUGCAGGACCAGGGCAGAGACUCCCAGGCCACACCUAACAACCAGAAGAACAACCCUCAGGAAGCCAACAGCCAGAGCAUGCCCAUCACUCCUGAGGUGGGGAACAGCAGUCCAGCUAGCAACCAGGAGGGAACAGACAAAGUGAAGCCUCUCACCCCUGGCGAGAUAGCUGGAGAGUUUAAGGAAGAGGUUGACGGCCCCACAGUGAGCAUUGAAGAGAUUGGUUACCCUGCAUUGGUGGARCAGCUGAAGAACCGGAAGUGUGUGGAGCUGUACAUAAACCAAUCGGCGCGCUUCCUGGAGAAGCAGACAGCUGAACGCAGCAGCAGCAACAACAACAACAACAACAAAAAUCUGAACAGUCGCAGUAACCCCCUUGGCCAGGGGCUGGUACAGCUGAUAACCAGUCUCCUCAUGGUCCUUAGCAGCACUCUUCUACUGCACUGAGACAUACAGUCGGUGUGUCCCAGUCGUCUGGAAUAGCUUCAUUUCAUAGUCCCCCUUCCUCAUCAUGCCACUGAUAUCUUGUGAGGAUAGGUUAAUUAAGUACGGUGGAGAUAUAACCAGUACUUUCACUUAUCAGUGGUCAUGAUGGAAAGGAAGCAAGUGUAAAAUAACUUCCCGGUGCACGAUAAGAUCCAUUUCCUCCACAUUUUAUGGUGGCAUUUGAGCUUUAAUAUAGUUUUACUGUUUGUCUAAUGGCCCAUCUCAUUUGUGUCUUUAACAUUUGCACUGAUCUGUCAAUUUGGAUCUUCGCUGUAGUACUUCUAGACUUCUUUUCUAUUGCAAUUCUUUUUUUCAUUGCACUUUUUGUUUCAGAGCAGUUUCUGGUAGAAUACUCUGUUGAUCACUGUAUUUUGUUCUGUAAAACACUAAUUUGUUCAGGUCAUGGCAAAUGCAUGAUGCUUUAAUAUUGUAUCUCUGCAUCUAUUACGAUAUCUCUGUAUAUAACACUAACAYACAAACACUACAAGUACAUACAAUAUAAAGCUUACUAUUGACUCUGGAUAUCUAUCAGGUUGUACGUAGGCACUAACCAAUUUAAAUUUUAGCCAAUUGUAAACUCUUAUGUGAUGAGGCAACUAUCAUCUGACUGGGUAUUCAGUGUCUUUUUGCCAGUGUGGUUCCACAUGAAGUACAUAAAGCAUUGUCGCCUGUAUGCCAGAUAUUAGCUGGAAAUCAAUUUGCUCAGAAUAAUUUUUUGGUGAACUAAACAGUACAUUAUACUCUACUGUGAUAUUUAUAUUUGUACUGUAAAGAGUCCAUCUUAUGUGGUCUGCAGCAAUUGGUUUUAAAAGUUGCCUGUUCCUAUUUUUCUUUAGUUCUCUCUUGUCCCAUACCUCUCUACCUCCCCAUCUAGUCUCCCUCUCCAUGUCCUCCUGUCCCCUGGUUAUCAGAAGUGCACUUAUUUCUCUUGCCGAAUGGAUAUAAACGACUCUUCUUUUCCUUUUUUCCCAAGCAUGUAUUUAGUGAUGAACAUAAAACAUGCAUUGUUUUAAUGUGUUUUGGAAAUUUAAAAUAAGCCCUUUGCCAUGCUAGAACUAAAUGGUGAAUAUUACUUGGCCUUUAAAUAUCGCAAGUCUUCUUCCAUUUUCAAGGUACAGGAUGAAUAAAAACAAAAUAAAUCACA